CCUUGGGUGCCGUGCCCGCUGCAUGCGGCGGGGCUCGGGCGGGAUGCGGGGCCCGGGGCUGCGCGGGGCCGUGCCGCUGCUGGGCUGCCUGCUGGCCGCGGCGUCCAGCACGCGGCCCGAGUGCAGCAUCAUGCAGGAGAUCGAGGAGGAGCGCAGCCAGUGCCUGGCGGAGCUCACCUGGGACAACCGCACCGCAGGCUGCAGGAGGCAGUGGGACAACAUCACGUGCUGGCCCGAAGCAGAGGUGGGAGAAGUCGUGGUACGGCCAUGCCCCAAGUAUUUCAGGUUCCUGACCUCCUACCUGGGGAAUGUGACCAGGAAUUGUACAAGCCAGGGCUGGUCAGAUGUGUACCCUGCACCCUACGCUGUAGCUUGUGGAUAUGAUUCCAACAGCACUCCAGUGGAAGAGCAAACGGCGUUCUACGGCACGGUCAAGACCGGCUACACCAUCGGGCACACCCUGUCCCUCAUCGCCCUCACAGCUGCCAUGAUCAUCCUGUGUCUCUUCAGAAAACUACACUGUACUCGAAAUUACAUUCACAUGCACCUCUUCAUGUCCUUCAUCAUGAGAGCCAUCGCAGUCUUCAUCAAGGAUGUCAUCCUUUUUGAAAGUGGGGAGUCUGAGCACUGCUUUGUGAGUUCAGUGGGCUGCAAGGCCAUGAUGGUUUUCUUCCAGUACUGUGUCAUGGCCAACUUCUUCUGGCUGCUGGUGGAGGGGUUGUACCUUCACACCCUGCUGGUCAUCUCCUUCUUCUCGGAGAGGAAAUACUUCUGGUGGUACAUCCUGAUCGGCUGGGGUGCCCCCUCUGUGUUCAUCACUGCCUGGACAAUUGUCAGGAUUUACUUUUUCGAUGUUGGGUGCUGGGAGGAAAUAGUGGAAUCCCCAUUCUGGUGGAUCAUUAAAACUCCUAUUUUGGUGUCUAUUUUGGUGAACUUCAUCCUCUUCAUCUGCAUCAUCCGUAUCUUAGUCCAGAAGCUGCAUUCCCCAGAUGUUGGGCACAACGAAACCAGCCAAUAUUCGAGGCUGGCCAAGUCCACUCUGCUGCUGAUCCCUCUCUUUGGCAUUCACUACAUCAUGUUUGCUUUCUUCCCUGACAAUUUCAAAGCAGAAGUGAAGCUGGUCUUUGAGCUCGUGGUUGGGUCAUUCCAGGGGUUUGUGGUGGCUGUGCUGUACUGCUUUCUCAAUGGAGAGGUGCAAGCCGAGCUCAAGAGGAAGUGGCGGAGGUGGCACCUGGAGCGGUUCCUGGGCUCGGACAUGAAGUACCACCACCCUUCCCUGGGCAGCAACGGCACCAACUUCAGCACCCAGAUCUCCAUGCUGACCAAGUGCUCGCCAAAGACGCGCCGCUGCUCCGGCUUCCAGGCCGAGUUCUCCCUGGUGUGAGAGGCUCCCCAGGCACUGAGCAUCCCAAACUGAGACACGAGGAUCCCCGGGAAUCAGUGAUCCCAUGAGAGACCCCUGUGAAAUGACCUGCUCCACAUGAGCCAACAGAGGACACACAACUGGAAAAGCCGCUGGCGUCCAGGAUGAGAUCGGACGAGCCAAGAGGCAGAGGAACACUUUUGCUCUUCCUCUUUUCAGGCCUUUCACUCUUCAGUUUCGAGCCCUCAGGGACUGAUAACUCUGAGGAAUUGUCCAACUUAAGCUUCAGUUUCAAGCCCUCAGGGAUUGAUAACUCUGAGGAAUUGUCCAACUUGCUUGAGGACAGCCUGGGAGAUGCUGGUGUGACAUAAAUAAUGAAGUACUGGGGGUAAGGGAGGGAGAGCCUCAGUCCUUGGUGGCUUUUCCAGAACUGGCAUCUCUGAAACAGACAAAUUGCACUUUUUUUUUUUUUUUUAAAAAAUGAGCCAGUAAAGGAAAGACAGAGGCAGGAAGCAGGAAAACAAAAAAAAAAAAAAAAACAACCACCAAACAUAUGAAUGUGCCAAAAUUCCUGUGGAUAAGAGGUGAUGAUGCAGCACCAAAGAUGGUGCUGGGGACAUGGGGAGAAGGGACAGGAGGAACAUGAGCAGGAAGGGAGAGGCCAGCACAUGGCCCCCACAUUUUACACAGGUGGAGAUGAAGCUGCAGCACCAGGAGAGCUCCUCAGAGGAUGCCCCAGUGUGUUCUGCUAUUUCCCCACCACCCUUGGGAGCAGAAGCUUUCCAGGAACCCUGUGGAAGAGCAGAUCACUGAGAAGGAGCAGCGUGAGGACUGUGUUGGUGACAUGGUGUUUUGCUUGGUUGUGUUCCAUGAACAUACAUGCAUGAUUUGCAUGUAUAAAAAGCAGGGCCAGGUGCCAAAAGCAGAGCACGGCUGUGUUUUUUCAUUCUCUUUAAGUUGUCCCAUAGAUCUCGGUGCAUGGAUGCACCCAGGCUCAUUAGGGAUCAGGGGGAAAUAAUUGGGCUGUAAUUCAUUUGCACUUGCUUAGCACACAUUGUCAGGAAAGGGAAAUACAGGGCCCUGUAAUCCUUAAUUGAGUCAGAGCUGCCAUAAGGAGCCACUCUCCAGAUGAAAAAAAAAUGAGUGUCACAGCAGCAGGUGAAAUUGCUUUCAUCAGGACAAGGUUGUCUCAGCACACAACUGGCACUCCAGGAGGGAGGAAGGAGUGCAGGAGCUAUUAAAUGGAUUUCUUCUUCAGCUUUUCUGGGAAACUUUCAUCCUAUGUGAAGGCAUUGCCAGAUAUUUAAGAUGUGUGUGUGCGUUUUACCUCUUUUCUGAAGGCCUUUUAGUUUCCACACAGGGGCAAUUCCUACUUGAAGAAUGCACAUGGAUUCCAUUAAAACCAAGGGAGAAUGUUUUUUUUUUAUUCUUGUUUUUGUGGUGGAGAGGCAAAGGAGAAAUGUUAAAGCCCAGUCCUGCUCAUUUGAGGCAACCCCACAGUCCCAAACUCAAAAUACAGGGAUACAGAUGCUCAUGUCUGUGUCCCACUCAACUGCAUCAAGUGGGGUUGAAAAAGUUUUAUGUUGAGGGUGAGAAAUCCCUGCCCAGCUCAUGAGCACCCUCAGUAAUUGGGUAAAUCCUACUAAAAUAUGUCCUUGUGAAGGAGUGUCUGGGUCACCAACACAGGCACCUGGAGAGGGAGGUGAGCUCCUCUUUUAGAGCUCAGAGAUCUCAAUGUCUCUGCUUUGUUUCUCCACAAUGAAAUGAAAGUUCAAUGGAGGGAAGCACCUGCAGCCUGGUGGGGCUGGGGGUUAUUGGCCCUAAGCAAAGGAUGCCAACAAACCACACUGAGCCCAGGAGGAGAACUUGCAGAUCCAGCUCCUUUCUGAGUCCUGACAGGGCAGUGUUCCAUCCAUAACCAUUCCCAGAGCCUGUUAUCAGCUCAGCUGGGUUCUCCCAAAGCAUUCAUCCAGGUGUAGGACUGAUAACAGUGUGGUGGGCUGCAGUCAUGAGGAACUGUGACCCACCACGGGCAAAGGUGCAGUCCUGAGUCUGCAGGGAGCCAGCUCAGACCUGUCACAUGGCUACCCAGCCUGCAGGUCCUAAAACGUCAGGAAGACAUGAAAAUUCCUGGAAUUACAGUGCUGGUGAUCCCAGGCUGGCCAGGUGUGAGCCAGCUUUGUUAUGGCUACUUUGCACUGAGCCCACAUCAGCAGUGAGGAUCCAACUCUGACGGGCCAUGAGAUCACCAAAAUGCAGCUCACCGAUUCCCAAAAUGCAGAGAAAACAAGAGGAUGCUCCAAUUUUCCCCACUUUUCUUGAAUUGAAGCCUUUAUGCCUUGACACCCCUCAAACAAUAUCCCAUUAAAAUCCAGAAGGUUCUCAAAAGCAAGAACCUUUGAAGUGGUCCUGAGCAGAGUUCAAGAAAAAUUUGUAUGAUGCUCUCAGGCGUUUUGUGUGGCUUUUGGGGUUGUCCUGUGGAGGAGCAGGAGUUGGACUCGAUGAUCCUUGUGGCUCCCUUCUAACUCAGGAUAUUCUGUGAUUCUCUUUGUGUUUGGUGCUUGUGCUGCUCUGCUGAGCUUUUUCAGACCUGGAUUAGGACUCACCCAGCAAACACUGGAGAAAUCCCCCCAGUACCACCACUUCUGCUGCUGUGCCUGGUUCAAAGCAAGGAUUUGACCUGCAUUUUUCCAGGUGAAUUACUAACUUCAAAGAAGCCCAGAAGGAGCAAGGGAAAAUUCAGUCUCAGCUUCCAAAUUGUUCCACUUGGUGUAAAAUGCUUUGUCUCACUGGUUCAGAGUUCUGAAGCAAUGUCAGCCUGGGAAAGAUGGGAUCCAUCAGGCUGCAAAGCCAUUCUCCCUGUUCAUCUGCCAUGGUAAAUAUUUAUACCCAAGAAAACUGAUGGGCUGCAGAGGAGAGACUGCCCAAUCUUGAGAAUGCAUCCACUGAGGUGUGAACUGGAAUUUCAGGUGCCUGCCAAGCAGCAGAGGAGCUGGAGCACAGAGCUGUGGAGCACCACUGCCAGCAGCCUCCUUUGUGGGAUGUGAGGGAAUCCCUUCCCAUCUGUUCCAGGCCUGUGAGCCAUCCUGUGAGACACACUGAGCAUUUUCCCUCUGCUCUUCCCUUUCCUCUCCUUGUGCUCCCUUUCCCUCUCCAUUUGCAGGAAAUUUGUGUGUUUGCAGCAUUUUUUGUGUUCCAGCCCUGUGCUAACCCAAGCCAGCACCAGCCAUAUGCCAAAGACAGCCAGGAAAGGUUUGCCUUUUGGAGAUGUGACAGGGAAAAACCCCAGCUGGAUAUUUACCCUCACCACAGGCUCCUCUGCAGCCUGUCACAUUCCCCACCAGGAUGUUCUACACAGGAACCUGAAGAUGGGAUCUUCCCUAAGCUGAGGAGCUCCUUCAAAAACUGUGGAGUACAUCAGCAUGCCAGAGCUGUGCCCCCAGGCACCCUGCUCACAAUUAUUUCAUCACUGAACAUCCAGCCAUGCCUCCUUUCUGCUGUCAGGGGUGUUUGAGGGGUUAAAUGAACCUGCUGAAUGGACCUGCUGUGACAGGCAUGGCAGUGUCAGCAGUGCAAAGCUGCCAGCCCAGCUGUGUUCCAGGAAAACACAGGAGCUGGGGGUGGAAUCACUUCAUAAAGAGAGAAAUUGUCUCACUCUGGGGACGUGAGCAAUCAAGAGAAUGAUGACAUUGGGAUUGGACCCUGUUUGACUGGCUUAGUGCAGGAAUUUGGCUCCAGAACUUGGCCUGGUCUACUCUGCUUCUCAUCCAGCUCAUCAAUAAAAUGGAAUUCAAGGACUUCACUGCAGAUGACAACGUGGAGCAAGCUGUCCUGGCCCCAUGACCUGGCCCCACACGGAACAGAGCUCAGCACUUUUGCUGCUUCCCCACCCAAAACAGACCCCAGCAGGGAAAUUGCAUCCAUUUGCUGCAUCAAAGAUCAGAGGUGUGCCUCUUAAAAUGUAUUAAAGGAGAAAAGGAGACUCAGGGCUGCCCCCAUCACUCUCUGCAGCUCCUGAAAGGUGCCUGUGCUCAGCUGGGGCUGGGCUCUGUCUGCAGCAGCACUGACACACCCAGAGCACACAGCCUCAAGCUGCACCAAGGGAAAUACAGGCUGGAUAGCAGGGAAAAGUUUUUCACAGAAAGAGUGAUAAAGUUGUGGAAUGGCUGCCCGGGGAGGUGGUGCAGUCCCCAUCCCUGGGUGUGUUUAACACAGCCUGGAUGUGGCACUGGGUGCCAGGGUUUGGUUGAGCUGGUGGGGCUGGGUUGGACUCGAUGGCCUUGAAGGUCUCUUCCAACCUGGUCAUUCUGUGAAAGCUUCUUCUGCCUCUGUUAAAAGGCACAGAUGUGUUUGAGGAUCAUGGAUUUGGGCUCCAAAACUCUUUAUAUAAAUAAAGCCAAAUUCUGAUCCUGCUUGCACCAAUCAGUUCAUGGCAAUGACUCCUGAAUUACACCAGCAUUAAACUGGGAUUUGCCUUCAAAAUAAUUCUUUUUUCUUCAUUCUGGAGCUGUUUACUCCCUUUUCACAUCAGGGACAGAGUAAGCCCCUCCUGUUCUAUACUUCAGGGAUUGAAUUAUUAUAUUUGUUCAUAAGUGUAGAACAAUUAAAAUAUAAACAAUAAAUUAUUGUCAAGGUCUAGAGGUAGCAGGUUCAAUGCUAACAUUAGACUGUAGAUAUUUCGUUCAGCUGGGACCUGUGUUGCUUUGUGACCCUCUCACAAACAGUAAGAAAUGAGAAUAUGACCAUGUUUAGGGUUUAGCAAAUUCAUUCUGUUGCAGAAUUUUAGAGGCAUUAAAAUCAAGCAAGUUUUUAAAAUCAGAGUUAUGUAUGCAGGAGCAACAGCAUUACUGCCGUUGUGGAAUGAAAAGUGGAAAAGGCCAGAAGCUGAAAGAUCUGAGCAUUUUGUUUUAUUUUUGGUUUGUUUGGGGUUUUUUGCUAGGAAACAAGUCAUGUUUUUCUCCAGGAAGGUGUUGCUGGAGAAAAGAUAUUUUAUACAUGAACAAAUCAUCAUAUUUCCUUUUAUCUCUCUAUCCCAUUCACCUUAAAAGCAACGAGGGUCACGUCUGUGCCCCAGGGCAGAGGGUUAAACCCAAAUCUCUGCUCCAAUCUGAUGGAAAUGCUUUCACAGAGAAAUGCACCUGCUGAUUAAUGAAAUGUUGAUGGCAGUUUUUCAAAAGGAAAAUGAAGUUCCAAAGAAAGCUCAGGAGUGAAUGAACACCAUUGGCUCCAUGGCAGGGAUUAAAGGGGUUUGGGGGGAUUUUUUUUGUCUCCAUUCCUUCUAGCUUCACCUCAGGGUUUAAACAAGGGGAAAGGAAACAUAGGGAAAGGAAAUACAAAAUAAUUUCUGACCAAAAGGGAAUAUCUCAAACUGGGAAGUGCCAAUGUGUGUCUCCAUGAAGCUUAUUUUACUCUGAGCACACAGGUGCAUCUUGGUUUGAUAAAUGGCCUGUGGAAGCACAGGAGGACCAGGAGCAAUGUCCCUUCUCUGGCAGGUGAAUGCAGCCCUAACAGGAAAGCCCACAUGAAACAUUCCUCCUGCUGUGUCCCACUGGGUGCUGGGCACAGCCCAGCUUCCCUCCCAGCCCUGUGCUUCCCCCCCGUGGCAUCUCUGCACCCUAAAUGUGCCAAACUCCUGGGGACAGGCAUUGCAAUCCUGAAUUCCCUGGCCCACAACGCAAAUUUGCACUUUUCCCACUGCAGUGCUGAUGGGGCCAGCACCACAGAGCUGCUUCAGUGGAGAUGAACCUCAAAGAGCAGGGGCUCACACACCCCCACAUCCAUCCAGAAGGGCUCUGCUGGCAUCACUCAGGCACUAAACUGCUGGAAAAAGGGAAAGAUUCAAGUCCCAGACUGGCAGGGCUGUGGUAGUGUGCACAGGGGUCCCAGGAUGAGGGAAGAGAUGAGAAUCUUGACUCCAUGUUUCAGAAGGCUGAUUUAUUAUUUUUUGAUAUAUAUUAUAUUAAAAGGAAAUUAUAUACUAAAACUAUACUAAAGAAUAGAAGAAAAGGAUUUCAUCAAAAGGAAGGAAAAGGAAUGAUGGUAAAAUUUUGUGACUGACCAGAGAGUCUGAGCCAGCUGACUGUGAUUGGCCAUUAAUUAAAAACAACCACAUGAGACCAAUCACAGAUGCACCUGUUGCAUUCCACAGCAGCAGAUAAUUAUUGUUUUUCUUUUCCUCUGAGGCUUCUCAGCUUCUCAGGAGAAAAAUCCUGGCAAAAGUAUUUUUCAGAAAAUACAUCCAUGACAGCAGGUGGAGUCAGAUGUCCCAAAUUGUGGAUUUCAAUCCAUUUCCUUUCAGUCAGUCAGCUUUUCAUCCCCUCUCCAAACCCAAUUUGCAUUUUAGUCUGAUGAGGUACAAAACAGUGACGGACCUUGUUAUUAUGUAUAAUUAAAGUGACUGACCUCAUUAUUUCCCCUGGAGACCUGUGCAGAUGCACAGAUGGCCUUUAAUCUGGAGUUUCUUGGGAGCACAGACCACCUUUUCCACCCGUUCCUGAAUGUCCUAACUUGCAUGUUGUCCUAUAUCCUGAAGAGCCCUGGGUUUGAAAUUCUGGUCAUUUCUAGAAUACUGUGAAAUCACAGGGGAGAAAACAAACAUUUGGGACAGGUCUGUAAGGAAAAUAAUGCCCACUUGUGUUCUGAGGGCCAGACCCUGAGGACACACACUUUGGCAGCAGCAGAGCACCAGUGUUUUAUACCCAAGUUUUGUGGAUAUUGUACAUUUGUACAUAGAGGAAAUCUGAAGAGCACAUUUAAAAAGAAAAAAAAAAAAGAAUAAACACCACAUUUUUGAUACUCAGAUGAUGAUGAUGAUCAACCGAGUUCAGAAAGGCAGUUUUGAACUCCAAAGUGCAUUUUUCAGAGCCUGUUUCAAACACCUCAAGCUGUGGGUCAGCAGCUGGUGCCAGCUGACCCUUCUCCCUCCAGCUGUGAACUCCUCUGCUCUGCCCUCCUGUAAAUUGGCUUUGGCAGCAGAGGGUGAUGGGCACGGGCUGUGAGCAGAGAUCUCUGUCUGCGUGGGCUUCUCUGUACCAGGUGCUUGUGAUGUACCCUCCAUGCCAGCAAGAACAGGCUUGCUUGCUCAGCACAGGUGAAAUCUCUGCCUUGUUCCAUGGCCUUUUGCCUGAUGUUAUUUAUUUUUGGUCUGACUCUGUACAUAUGCAACGAAAUGGCUAUAUUUUAUUUUUUUCUUUUAAUUGUUUUUUUCCUUUGUAUUUGGUUCACCUCCUUGCUUCAGAGGGGGUUCUUCUCUGUGGUUGACACUGCUGGAAACAAGCAAUAAAACCAUCGUGAAGACAUUGUG